AUGGCGGCGCCCAGGUUGUUGCGCGGAGGGUUGAAACGGUUGUUCACCGGGCUUUUCGGAAACGGUUGGGCUUCGCCGCCGGCCCGAGCCCUCCGGGAGGUCGUGGAGGUGACUGAAGGCAACACGACCACAAUUGAAGGGAGAAUUAUAGAGGAUGCUGAAACACCAACUCCUCCAAACCCCUCUGGCCAGUGUCCCAUCUGUCGCUGGAACCUGAAGCAUAAGUACGAUUAUGUGGAUGUCUUGCUGCUGAGUCAGUUUAUCCGUUCUGAUGGAGGGAUGCUGCCACGAAGGAUCACAGGCCUCUGUUUGGAGGAGCACAAGAAGAUUGCUGUCUGUGUGCAGAUGGCUCACCGUGCAGGUUUGUUGCCAAAUCACAGGCCUCAACUUCCUGAAGGGCAUAUUCCCAAGAAACCCAAGCUCAACAGGUAUCUGACCCGCUGGUCCGUCAAAUCUGCAAGGCCCAUCUGGAGUAGGGGCCCUAAGUGGUGCAAAAAACCCAUGCCAGUCGGACACCCUUUGCUGAAGGAUAAUGUCAAAUAUACACAGAAGCCUCUCUCUUUAAACCACUAAUGGUCAGAACUGGCAUAGUCAGUAAGCACAGCCAGUUUCCACUGUUCUGCUUUUUUUGCAAGUUUGUCAGUAUCUCAAAUUUUCUUAUUCCAAAACUCUCAUUAGUACUCUAUAUUGUCUCCAGUGAAUGAGCUGCGAUCUGCUCCUCUAGGAGAAUACAAGAUUCAGCAA